UUCGUUGAAGUCGUAGUCCGUCCGUCAGGUGGAGUAGCGCGUGUGUCUCAAGUGUCAAGUGUCAAGCAGCCAUAUUCUCGUAUUCUAAACUCGAAACACAAGUAGAAAUAUUUGGUGAUUUUAACGAAAAUAAUUAUUAGAUUGAAUAAAUAAUCCGUGCGCAAAAAUACCGUUUGAGCAAUAAUGACUGACAAAAAAGCUUACCCCGUCGCACCUCAUCCACCAACCGGCUUCGUGCCAGCGCCAGCUCAGCCUGCUACAUAUGGCGUUGCAGGAGCCUCGCCGUACGGGGUCUUCCCCAACCAGCCACAGCUCUACGCUACCCAGGGUCCGCCACCGCCAACGUAUGAUCAAACCCUCACUCAUCCCAUGAUGUACCAGCCGAUGUAUGGUCAAGGCUAUCCGGGCGGUUAUCUAGCUGGAUAUCCAGCAGCCUAUGGACCACUUCAGUACUAUCCUCCGCUAGCUACAGCUGCCGCCUAUUAUCCAGCAGCUGCGAUGCAACCCGCCCCUGUUAGGCCAACGAUCAUGGUUCCUAACGGAUUUGAGGGAGCAAGAUUCGACGGAAUCUCGCAACAAGUAUUGCCACCACCACCACCGGGAGUAGCAGCGAAUGCAGCGCAGUUAGCUGCCAUGGCUGGUCACAGUGUCGCUUUAUCGCAAAAGAAAGGUUCGUUCCUUGGAGGUGGAACAGAAGGUGGAUAUACGUUCUGGUAAACGUACGGCAAACUGAGGGGAUUUGGGUAGGGGUG